GAAAAUCUAACCCAUUGAGCCUUUUUUCGAUGGCCUUAUUCUGCCUAGUUCACAUAUUUUCCUCCAAAAGCUACUCAGACGGUUUACUUUGGGUUGGGCUGCCUGUGGCUUUUAUUCAAGAUGGCGGCUCGUGGAGUGGCAGUACGAGAAUCUAAACAACCAAAGGAAAUUUAUCAAGAUGCUUUAGACAACGUCUCUGCUUUCAAUGCACGUCUUUGUUUCGAGCGCAAGAUGCGAGCUCCCUUUCUGGACGCCCAGACUGGAAUAGCCAUGAAUAACUGUAGUUUGUGGCUUAGUAGAUUCAUGAGGAGAGAGCCCAAGACACCUCAGUAUAUUUAUACAUACCCAGAGAAACGCUGGAGGAAGAGAAAACGAAUCUACCAUCCCGAGAAUGAUGAAGAAGAGGGCAGCCAUGUUGAAAAUGAAGUAGAGGGUAGUUCUUGCCCAGGUGAGCCAGACAGUGAACAGACAAGUGAAGUCCCAGAAAGUUCUGCCCAAGAUGUCGUUAAAGAUGAUGUAAUAGAGCAAGAAGUUGUGCCAUUAGAUUCUAGUGAUCUGGAAGAAGACAUUGAAGAGUCAACUGUGGUUUCUGAUGACGAAGAAUAUGAAGCAUACAAGAGAAAAAAACCUGGAAGACCAGGAAGAAAAAAGGGAGUAGCUGUUGGUGCCUCUGCCAUUAAACAUUUUCCACGUGCUGCAAUGAUGUCUAGUUCAGGAUCCUUGACUGUCAGAAAUAUAACCAAGGAAGAACUGGCCAGAAUGAACCCAGAUGAUCGCAAGAAACCUUAUGUUUGUGAAAUAUGUGGAAGACGUUACAAGAAUGGCCCAGGCCUCAAGUAUCACUACACCCAUUAUAACCAUGAUCUUGAUAACAACCCCUCGCAAGAGGAAUCUCACCCCUCCAUGCCGACAACUCCAGCUUCAAGCAUGAUUGCGGUGGAGUCACCAAAUCCCCCUUCACCUGCAGUAAAGGUGGCACGCAAGAUGGAUGGACCACGACUGCAUACUGCCACACCUAAUAGUUACUGUGACUUCUGUUUGGGCGAUAGACUUCACAACAAGAAGACAGGAGCAUCAGAGGAACUGCUGUCAUGUGCUGACUGUGGUAGAUCAGGGCAUCCAUCCUGUCUGCAGUUUACUGCAAGACUAACUGAAAAUGUCAAGAAAUAUCAUUGGCAGUGCAUAGAGUGCAAGUCAUGUAGCCUUUGUGGCACUUCUGACAAUGAUGAUCAGCUGUUGUUCUGUGAUGACUGUGAUAGAGGGUACCAUAUGUAUUGCUUAAAACCACCAAUGUCCAAACCCCCAGAAGGUCACUGGAUGUGUAACCUAUGCAGAGCAUCUCUGGUUAUUCAACCAAUGGCUACCGUUCAACUUCAACAACCAUCUUAAAGGGCAGUGGUGUUGUAGGGACACACUCAAAAGGCAUGACACGCUCCUCCUCUAGAAGUGUUGUAUGGAUAUUAUAUAGUAGAUUUCUAGUACCCAGUGACAUCAUGAACAAUCUCUCUCUCCUUAGCCUGCAUACAGCCACUUACCACCCCACCCCCCUUUUCCCCAUAGGCUAUUCCUCCUGCUCUUGACCCCUAUUAAAAUAUCAUUAUACCCAUAUCUUACUGUAAUCCAUCACUAACAUACUAACAUAUAUUCCAAGAUGGGUGCAAUGUAGGUAAAGAAAACAUCCAUGAUUACAAUGGGGAGGGGAGGGUGGGGAAAUCAAAAUUUUCCUUUAAUCAAUAGUUAGUAUUGUAAAAAGUUCUUGUAUAGGAAGUAAUAUAAUACACUAUGUUUUCAAGUUUCCAGGCAGCUGAAAUCUUAAAUUUGGAAUUACUAGUACUAAAUCCUUUCUUAUAGUAGAGUGACCACAGUAAAUCCGUAAAACUUUAGUAAUACUAAAUAGCACAAUUUCAUGCAAAUUCCAUUGUUUUCUAUC